AUGUCGAACCCUCAAUCCAAAAUUGAUUCAUUGAAGGAAUUGAAUUCCAAGCUUGUAGCCGAGAUUGCUGAGCUUAGAAAGGAGAAUGCAAAGUUGAAGCAGAUUAUUGAGGAGAAUACGAUGCGCGGUGCCAGAGUUGAGGAACUAGAACAAAAGAAUACAAGGCUUGAAGCUAGACUUGCGAUAUUGGAACAGGGAGAAAAAGAUGCUUCUAUCUCUCCCGAGCAAAAUCAUGUAAGCGGAAAAGAUGAAGAGCCUGAUGAAAUUGAGCCCACUAAAAGUCAAUGUAUAGAGCAGGGGUUAACUUGCGAAGUAGUAGAGUCAUUAUCUCACCAGUUUCCUCUGAGAUUACAGAGCAUCAAUCAUCUCAAAUUACAACACAAAGCUUAA